AUGAAGAAAGAUUAUUCCCUUAUAAAAUCUAUAUUUAAUUCUUUGCCAGAAGAUCUGGUAGUCCAAUUUCAUGUAGAAGGUUCAUAUAUUAUUACAUCAGUUUAUUUACUUCAAUAUCAUUUAUCAUUACCACAACAAAAACAUGGAAGUUUAUUAGGAAUAUCAAAACAAUCACCAAAAGUCUGUAAAUAUAAGGAUAAAUAUGUAUCAAUUUUAGAUGAAGUAGUUGUCAAGUCAUUGGAUCCUAAAUUAGAAGAGCUAAUGGAAAAUAUUAAGAAAUUAGAAAAAGAAUGUUUAUCAUGGAAAAGUAAAAUAGAAUUAUUCUAA